AUGGAUUAAGAUUAAAGAGGACUUUCACCCCAAACCUCAAAAUCAUCGUCGCAUCAGAAUCAAGUUUCAAGGUCUAAAGAAUUUCAACUUGAUUUCUUUAUCCAGAAGAAAUUCAUCUCUGAUGAUUUGAAAUCCAUUUUAGAAGAAACACAAGUAUCUUAUCAAAUCUAAAUAAGCAAAAAUAUUCGAUUAAGUCCAUCUAUGUCAGCCAAAAGAAUUAAAUCCCAGAAUUAGAAGGUUUAGCAUUUACAAUUGAUGAUCCUGCAGAAAAUAAAAUGAAUGCCAAAUGCGAUGCCAUCCUUCAUAUUCUUUCAUCCCUCCAAGAUAGAUGCAAACAAUAAAUCAACAUCAUUCUCUUAAUACCAGAAGGUACCUACUAUCUAAUCCUAGGAAUCGUAUCCUUCUUGAUUGGCUCCAAAGGAUCCCAGCUUGCAAAAAUCAUCGAAGAAACCAAUGCCAAAAUCACAGUAAAUCAACCAAUUGCCAAUUACUCUCCUAGAACUGUUAAAAUUGUUGGUGAUCAAACCACUAUCAAUUGUGCUAUUAGAGCUAUAACCAAAAAAAUGUAGGAGAGAGGCAUAUCUCAAGAAGAUUAUAAAAAGGUCCCUGAAGCUUUGAAUCCCUAAAAAGUGAAUUCCAAAGUAACAAUCUCCACAAUAAUUCGUAGGCAAAACUCAUUUUCCAAUCCUCAGUUGUCGAUUACAUUCUGAAGAACAAAAAUGAAGUUGAAAAUAAAUAUGAUGUCUCAAUCAAGGCCAAAGAAAGCAAUGAUAUCAGACUUACUGUAAUAUUAUAAUUUAUUAUUACCCUUUUAGCAAAAAUGCAAACUCAAAAGAGAUGAUAAAAUAGUUUAAUUGCAAGGAUCCUUGUCCAAUGUUUAAGAUGCUUUGUCAUCACUCAUUAGAAGAGUCACAGAACAUCAAAAAAAACAAGAAUUGGAAAUCAAAAUCGUUAUGCCAGCUAGUUAUGCCUCUAAAUUAAUCGGAGCAAGUAUCUCAUUAUAUCAAAUACCUUAGAGGGCGGUUAAAUUAGAGAACUAGCUACUAAGUCUAAAGGAGCUCAAAUCAAAGUCUUGUCUGAUAAGGAUGAAACUGAUCAUGAUUAUCGUACAUCAAUUCUCUAAUAAUUUUAGACUGUAUUGUUCAAAUAGCGGGAAAUCUGUAAAAUAAAUAAGACGCCAGUAAGUUGAUUCUGUAAUAAAUUGAAUGUUUCAAGAAUGGAGGACCUGUAUUCUUAUAAUAUUUACAAAUAGAUCAUGGAAAGUGGCAAAUUUUUAAAUGAUGAAAAUCAAACCUCUCAAAUACCUAACAAUUAUGAUGAUUAUAAAAUCAAGAGGUUUAUUAUUUCAACAAACUUUUAGAUAAAAAUCCAGUUCCAUUUCUGAGAGGAACUCACGUUCAAGAUCUUAAUCUAGACGAAAACACAAACAUCAAAGAAAACGAUCUAUUGAAAGAAGAUCGGUAUCAUCAAGGUAAUUCUAAUAAAAUAUGCUUACUUUGUAGUUAUUCUAAAAGAAGAGAAAGGGCAAAUGUCUUAUCUACAAAAAUAAUUGUUUCUAAUGAAGUGAUGCAUAUUUUAGAAAAAUAUCAUAAAUUAAGUGAAUAUAAAGAGAGAUAUAAUGUAGACAUUUAAGCUGAUGACUCGGUACUAAUCAAAUCUAAAAAAUUAGAGAAGAAACUCUGAAUCUUACUUGAGAUUAAAAGGCAAAUUAAAAGAUUGUUUAAUUGUUAUAGAAGAAAUUUUGAAUGAGCAACAAAAAAUCCUAAGAAAAUGA